AAACGGAUAGGUCGAUUACGUCACUUCCUGUUUGUCCAUCCCUGGAAAAAUGGCGACGUCUUUAGGAGCUAACACAUACAACAGGCAAAAUUGGGAGGACGCGGAUUUUCCAAUUCUCUGCCAAACAUGUCUAGGAGAGAAUCCUUACAUUCGCAUGACCAAAGAGAAGUAUGGGAAGGAGUGUAAAAUUUGUGCCCGUCCCUUUACUGUGUUUCGCUGGUGCCCUGGUGUGAGAAUGCGCUUCAAGAAGACAGAGGUUUGUCAGACUUGCAGCAAAAUGAAGAACGUCUGCCAGACCUGCUUGCUUGACCUUGAAUAUGGUCUGCCCAUUCAGGUCCGUGACACAGGUCUUUCGGUCAAAGAUGACGUGCCGAAGUCAGAUGUGAACAAAGAAUACUACACUCAGAAUAUGGAGAGAGAGAUUGCCAACUCUGACGGGACGAGGGCAGUGGGUAUGCUUGGUAAGGCUCCGAGUUCCAGUGACAUGCUCCUGAAGCUGGCCCGCACCACGCCCUACUACAAGAGGAACAGGCCACACAUCUGCUCCUUCUGGGUGAAGGGAGAGUGCAAGAGAGGAGAGGAGUGUCCGUACAGACAUGAGAAGCCAACUGAUCCAGAUGACCCUCUGGCUGACCAGAACAUCAAGGACCGUUACUAUGGCAUCAAUGAUCCGGUUGCUGACAAACUGUUGAAGAGGGCGUCUUCCAUGCCGAGACUGGAUACUCCAGACGACAAGUCUAUCACCACUCUCUAUGUGGGAGGCCUAGGAGACACCAUCACUGACUCCGAACUCAGGAACCACUUCUAUCAGUUUGGGGAGAUUCGCACCAUCACAGUCGUUCCCAGACAGCAGUGCGCUUUCAUCCAGUUUGCUACGCGUGGGGCUGCUGAGUCAGCUGCAGAGAAGUCCUUUAACAAGCUCAUCAUUCACGGCCGCAGACUCAACGUCAAAUGGGGCAGGUCCCAGGGAUCUCGAGGAAAGGAGAGAGAAAAAGACGGAGUGUCUGAAAGCGGCAUGCGACUGGAACCAGUGCCUGGACUUCCUGGAGCGUUGCCUCCACCUCCUGUGUCAGAAGAGGAGGGCUCAGCCAAUUACUUCAACCUGGGCCCCAGCAGUGCUCCUGUGGUGAUGAACAUGGGGCUGCCACCUCCUCCAGGGGUCUCCAUGCCCCCACCUCCAGGCUUUGGUCCUCCAAUGUUCCCCUCUAUGGAUGGCAUGGGCCCUCCUAUGCCCCCUCCCAUGCAAAUGAGGCUCCCAGGUCAGGUCCACUACCCUUCCCAGGAUCCUCAGCGCAUGGGUGCCCAUGCUGCUCGCCACGGAGGCACAUAGGGAUGGAACUUAAAAAACACUGCUGUGAACUGUGGCAAAAAAGACAACCUUUU